AGAAAGAGAGAGAGCUGCAGGAAAAGGGAACAUAACGCACGGGGUGUCGGUGUGAAAGCAGUAGUUCCUCCACUUCCAGACACCCAUCAAAACUUAUUUUUACGCGUUGUUUUUAACGGGAUCCGCCGCACUAGUCGAGCGUAUACAACACAGCGUGAAACGGUGGUUUCCUGCACGGGGGAUUUAAUGGGAGUCUUGCAUCGAUAAAGCGCUCCCCCCCCCGACGGACCCUCGCUCGAACCGAACCGGACUCGGGCGCUGUCCUCACCGGGGGGUAUCCGAUCCGAGUUAUAUUUUGACUAGGAAAAGACCACUUCGGAGUCCGAAUAUGGCAGGAAAUCUGAAGAAAGGUGGGGGGCUUAUUGGCUUGAUGAAGGACGCUUUUCAGCCUCACCAUCAUCUCCACCACUCCCAUCACCAGCCCGGGGCCGUGGACAAAAAGACGGUGGAGAAAUGCUGGAAAUUCAUGGAUAAGGUGGUCCGGCUAUGCCAGAACCCCAAGUUGGCCUUGAAGAACAGUCCUCCGUACAUCCUGGACCUGUUACCAGACACUUACCAGCAUCUCCGCACUAUCCUAUCCCGCUACGAAGGCAAGAUGGAAACACUGGGUGAGAAUGAGUACUUCCGCGUUUUCAUGGAGAACUUGACAAAGAAGACCAAACAGACCAUAAGCCUGUUCAAAGACGGCAAAGAGCGAAUGUUCGAGGAGAACUCUCAACCCAGACGAAACCUGACGAAAUUGUCGCUGAUAUUCAGUCACAUGCUCGCCGAGCUCAAAGCCAUCUUUCCCAACGGCCUGUUUCAAGGGGAUAACUUCAGAAUCACCAAAGCGGAUGCCGCAGAGUUCUGGAGAAGAUCAUUCGGGGACAAGACCAUUGUGCCUUGGAAGGUGUUCCGGCAGGCCCUGCAUGAGUUUCACCCCAUCAGCUCAGGCCUGGAGGCCAUGGCUCUCAAAUCCACCAUCGACCUCACCUGCAAUGACUACAUCUCCGUCUUUGAGUCGUUCGACAUCUUCACACAGACUUUUCAGCCAUGGUCAUCACUGCUAAGAAACUGGAACAGCCUGGCAGUGACUCAUCCAGGCUACAUGGCCUUUCUCACCUAUGAUGAAGUCAAAGCUCGUCUGCAAAAAUUCAUCCACAAGCCCGGCAGCUAUAUUUUCAGACUGAGCUGUACACGGCUCGGCCAGUGGGCUAUUGGUUACGUCACAGCUGAUGGGAAUAUCUUGCAGACCAUUCCUCAUAACAAACCCCUCUUCCAGGCCCUCAUCGAUGGCUUUAGGGAAGGAUUCUACCUUUUUCCUGAUGGCCGCACACAUAACCCUGACCUCACAGGCCUGUGUGAGCCCUCGCCUCAGGACCAUAUCAAAGUCACACAGGAGCAAUAUGAGCUCUACUGUGAGAUGGGCUCUACUUUCCAACUGUGUAAGAUCUGUGCUGAGAAUGACAAGGAUGUGAAGAUCGAGCCCUGCGGCCACCUCAUGUGCACUUCCUGUCUCACAGCCUGGCAGGAGUCAGAAGGCCAGGGAUGCCCGUUCUGUCGCUGUGAGAUUAAGGGCACCGAACCCAUCGUCGUUGACCCCUUCGAUCCCAAGGACCCCAAUAGUGGAGGCUCCUAUGGAGGCUGCAGGAGCAUGUUUGGGGCAGAGGGAGCCCCUUCGCCCAGCUACGAUGAUGAUGAUGAUGAUCGCUUGGAGGACUCUCCUUUCAUGAUUAGCAAGCUGGUUGGUGCUAAAGUGGAGAGGCCGCCCUCACCGCUGUCAGCUGCCCCUCAGCCUGUCGUUCCUCCAGUACCUCCUCGGCUGGAUCUGCUUCCUCUCAGACCCACCAACCCUCCCGGGGCCUCUAGUCCAGGCGCCACAUCCAAGGCCCCAUCCCAUCACAAGGACAAGCCGUUACCACUGCCCCCAGUCCUUAGGGACCUGCCGCCACCUCCUCCCCCAGACAGACCACACCCAACUGGAUCAGACAACCGACUCCCUAGACGCCCUCUCCCCUGUACGCCUGGAGAACCUCCUCGGGACAAACUGCCUCCUGCCCCACCUAACCGCAACAUGCCAGACUGGAACUCCCGGCCUGUACCCAAAGCUCCAUCACAGCCACCAGCAAGCGGAGACUCCCGUGGGUCUCGAGAACUCUCAAACAGACACUCUCUGCCUCUCCAACUGCCCUCCACGCUCGACACCAGAGCAGAAGGCCCGAGGAACAACGGCCCCCCCAGCCUCGACCACCAGCUGAGUUUCGGAUCAUCCAAUCCUGGGUCAGAUUACGACAGCCCAAAAGUAAAGCCAUCUGCCUCAGCUAAUGCCAUCUAUUCCUUGGCAAUCAGGCCUCUCCCAGCAGUCAAAGCUCAGACCGAGGAGGACACCUGUGAGAACGAUGAGGAGUCUGAGUACAUGACUCCAUCCUCUCGGCCAGUGCUGCCCUCUGCUGCAGGGGAAGCUGUGCCUCCACUUUCUUUCAGUCCCAGGAGUAUGCUCAAUGAGAUGGAGUCAGAAAACCCACAGAUGUACGAAGCUAUGUACAACAUCCAAGCCCAAGCCCUUUCUGCCUCUCCACCACAUCAGGCCAGAGACUCGGAUUACUCUGAGUUGCCUCCUUUGACCUGCUCUAAUGGCCCGAGGGAUCCUGUUGGUGCAUGUGGUGAGGAGGAAGAGGAGAACUGCUAUGACUAUCCCAAGCCCCAUAUACACACCAACCUCGCCCGACGCACGCUUUCAGAUAUUAACCCUACAUCCUCAGCCUUCAGCCGCAUUUCCAUGGAGCAUGGAGCAGCAGCAACAGUCAUGGACCCCAAUGAAGCCCCUGAGCGGCCUCCUAAGCCUCUUCCCCGUCGCAUCAACUCAGAACGCAGGCCCAGCCCUGUUCCCCCUGGAGCGAGCCCAGGGCCCAGCCAGCAGAUCAGCAGUGAGAUCGAGCACCUCUUGAGCCAGGGCUACUCCCAUCAGGACAUCCAAAAAGCCCUUAUGAUUGCACAGAACAAUAUCGAGAUGGCCAAGAACAUCCUGAGGGAGUUUGUGUCCAUCCCUUCUACUGCACAUAUCUUAACAUAGCAAAACUUCUCCGAGCAUCCAGUCGCGGCCCGGCCACGCUCAUCACGCAUUCGUCUAGACUCCAGAAGAACAGAGUGCAAACUUGCGCUCUAUCUCUAGUGAUGGCGAGAGACACUUUCUCCGUAACACUUCUUGGAUUCCUCCUCCGUGCGUGCGGAAGAUCGAAGGGUUCGUUGCAGCCGCUUCUUCAGCCUGAAGGCAACGCAUGUCCCCUAAGGACAAAAACAUGUAUGACACAAAAACAUGUAUGUGUUUAUAUAUGAUUUAAUAUAUAAAUCAGAAUAUUGAGUAUAGUUAAUAUAUACACAUGUAUGUUGGAGAGGUUCAGCUGCAGAGAUCAGGGUGUGUGAAGUAUUAGGCCUCGCAGUUCGGAUAGCUAAAGGGAGUUAAACAGCAGACUGCAGCCGAGCAUUUUCUGGCGUGAAAAAUGGCCUUUACGUGUGUUGCUUCGGUACGUUUUGUUUUCAAAUGUGUGAUUUUUCAUUUUUCGUCUGUCUAGUAGCAUGCCGUACAUGUCGGUCCCCAUGGCGCAGUCACCUGUUUCAAAAA